AUGAAUACUCAAAGUCCUCUCGGGAUUCAAACCUACUACCCAAACUCACCGCAUUCAAGCACUGAUACAUCAUCACGUGGUAAGUUACUGUAACUUUUUCUCAGAUAAUUUAAAUGUUCUAUAAAUUUAAGAUAGCAUGAUGAAUACACCAAUUCCAAGUGAUACAUAUUCGCCAGCAAAUUAUCAUCAUCUUCAUCAUCAACAAAAUCAGAAUCACAAUCAAAGUCAGAAUCAUAAUCAAGUGCAAAAUUAUCAAGAUCAUCAAUUUGAGCAACAGUAUCAAGGUAAAUUUUAAAAUAUAGUUUUUUUUGAAAACUUGUUCAAAUGUUAUUUUAUCAUCAUUACAAUUUUGAUCGAUUAGUUCGAAAAAAUAGACAAAAAACACACAAAAAUUCUACUUCUUCUUUGCCAUUUUUCUGUUGUAUUGUCAUCGUUCGUCUUUCUUCUUCGCUCAAAAUAUUGUUGCUUUUUUGUCAAUUUUUUGAGAAAAAAUAUGUAAUUCCAAAUUUUGUUCUUCAAAUGUGUGUUUCUUCGAAAAGAGAGACACAGAAGACAGUAAUAGUUUUUCACGGUCAUUCUUCUCUAUCACAACUUAAUCAUUUUUCACUUCACCGUUUCUUCUUCGUAUUUUUGUGUUAAGAAAAAAUAGAAGAAAGACAAAAAAGAAGAGAAGACUAUUUAGAAGAAGAAGAAGGAGAAAAAGAAGAUCGGGAAUUUGGACGGACAUUGUCGGGUCGCCAAUUUGUAACCCGUCCACACAGUGGCCGCAAUGUUGUUACUGUGUAUUCCCCCCAUAUCUUUUUCCUUUUUUCCAUUCAAUCGUUCUUCUUCUUCUUCUUCGUAUAUCACUGAUAUAGGGGAAUGGAAUGAUUUUUUUCCAUCCUUGCGCUCACUUUCGCUCACUUUGUUUCCAACUAUUUUAUUUUGUUACGAUUUUUAUGCGUCCCUUUUUAAAAUCCAAAAGUUUCUCACGAUUUAAAUUUGAAAAGGCAAUAAUAAGAAAAAAUCUGUCGAGCUGCACUUUACACUUUUUCCCGUUCCCCCCCAAUUUUUUUUGCUUUCGCAAAAAAUGAAACAAUUUUAUUUUUUGAAAAAAUGGAACUGUAUUGAUUCUCGAUUCGACUUUUAGUUUUUUUUAUUGUUGGUGAAAAUUGUAUUUUUAGGUUAGGUUAUGUUAGGUUAACACUUCAUUCUCUCUCUCUUUUUCAAAUUUUCUCUCUUCAUGUUGAUUGUGCGUCCGGCCGAUUGGUCGAGAAUGGGGCGGCGCAACACAAGUUGCGGCCACUCUCUACUACCGUAGUAAUAUACUGCGAAUCACGGGGCAUUGUCUUUAUUCGGUCUUUUUCGAUUUUUUCUCGCAUUUUCCUAUUCUUGAAAAAAAAACAUUAUUCUCAAAACUCUCCUAGUCAUUGUGUCAACAAUGAAACUCUUCGUUUUUUUUCCAACACAAAAAUUCUUACCAUAUUUGCAUUUGCCAUCCCAUUUACAUCGUCUCAUCCUUGUUAGCACACCGUUUUUUACGAGUUGGCAUUUUUUAUACGUUUUUUUUUUUGGAGAAAGAAAGGUGUUGCAUUUUUCCAGCUGUUUUUAGAACGGUAUUUUGAAUUCCAUCAAAAUUAUUUUAUUGAAUUUGUUAGAAAUUUUACAAUAUUUUUACUGAAGAUUCUGACACCUUUCUACCCUUUUUCAGAGCCAUGAAUUCAGAAUUUUGAAUUAAAAAUUCUCAAGUUCAACAUUUCCAAAAUAAAUAAAAAAAUUGCAGAAUAUCAUCACCACCAAGAGGCGCAGCCACACCAUCAACUACCACCACAAUUCGAGCCAACAAAUAGUUCAAAUUCACGAGCUUAUUAUUGUCCAUAUCCAUCAACAACGGAGACAAUACAAGCUCCGGUUACUGUCGCCUCUGCUGCUCCCCUUCCAGCUAUCGCUCAUUUAAUGAAGGAAGUUCAGAUCAAAGAGGAGUUUAACGAAUAUUAUGGUAAGUUUUUCUUUUUUCCUCGACCCUAUAUUUAUUUAUUUUUAUUAAAUUAUUAUAUAAACUGUAUACAAUCUUGACCUUCUCUCCACCCACAGGAAAAGAUCUUUAUCGCUCUUUUUUUCUUUCCCGCAACAAAAAGAAGAUAUCUCAAUUCAUUCCUAUACAUAAUAUGUUAUUUACAGCUCCCAAUCCAUCAAUGAACGACUAUCGCGUUGAAAAGAUUGCCAAUCCGUUGGCUGACCCAUAUAUUCAAAUUGAGCAACCAAUUUAUACCGAUUUUGCAAAUGCGUAAGUGAAACUUUGUUCAUUUUCCUUAACAAUGUCUAUAGGGGGAGGGGGAUUCGACAAUACACAAUCAUUAUCAAGGUCAACUUCUAUCAUCAAUCACUCUUUUUUUCUAAUUGUUAAAUAAGUAUGAUUGAAGAAUUUGAAAUAGGAAAAAACCUGGGUGGAAAUUGAGAAGCCAAGAGAUCAAUUUUAUUUGGAUUUGAAAAAAGAGAGUGGUGGAUGGUUAAAAAAAGAGAAAAUUAGAACUUUUUAAGCCAAAAUUCGUUAUGGUUUUGUUAGAAAACUGGAAUUAAAAAUAGUGAUUUUAAGUGUGAUUAUGACAAGCAGCUAAAUUGAUGAUAGAGAGCUUUUUAGCACUUUUCUUUAUCUGAAUACUUCUAAACUUUCAAAAAAAAACUUUUCAUUGAAUAACUCAUGUUCCAGAAUUUUUAUGAACACAUUUCUGAGUAACAAAUAUGAAACUAUUCUCAAAUUAGAGUAGAGCCAACUUUUUUCAGAUGGUUCAAAAAUCGAAAAGUGAUAGUGUUAUUUUAAUUUUAAAAACUCUAGUUCACAAUUUUGACUGUAACUGAAAACCAGAGUUCCAUUAUCACAACAUUGUUCUUAUCUCAAAAGUAACCCCCUAAAUUUUUUCAGUCCGAUGCUCAAUCAACAAGAUAUGCUAAACCCGAUGAAUUUCUCCACCAACUACAUGGGAGCCACACAAUUCUCCCACCAACAGACUGUGCAACUCAAUUUGCUAGAUCUCAGCGGCUUCUCCACAUUCAACUCGUGUGAUCCAGCUCUACCAUUAAUGCACCAGUCACCUUCUCAACAAAAUUAUGUGAUGCCACAUUCAACUUUUACACCACCUCCACAAGAUCCAUUGGUCGCUGAACAAAAACCACUUGUCAAAAAGCGAAUGGCUGUAAGUUUUGUUUUUUUUUUUUUGAAAACGGGUUUUAUUGAUUUUCCUUGUUGACAGAAAACAGUGAUUUCAGAAAAACAAAGAGUUCUUAAUUCUUCAUUUUUCAGGCCGUGCAAUGUCAUCAAAAUUCAAUUUGCUCAAACUGCAAGACACGUGAAACUACACUUUGGCGACGAAAUGGUGAAGGAGGUGUUGAGUGCAAGUAAGUUGUUCUAACUCGAAAAAAAAAAUUAACCAAAUUUUUUGCAGCGCUUGCAAUUUGUAUUUCCGCAAAAACAAUCGAAAAAGGCCGUUGUCAUUGAGAAAAGAUGGAAUAAUGAAACGAAAUCGUCGUCCAAGAAACGAAUCACCAAAUGGGAUCAGAAGACAAGCCACAUGCUAA